AUGCAGCUUUCCACGUUCCUCCUCAUUGCCGCCGCUAGCGCUAUUACUGCUGUGUACGCUGCAGAAUCGUGCGACAUGGACACUAUACAGAACAGCCUACUUUUGAAUGGUACAACCUGGCAUGAAAACUGUGCGGCAGCCACUGGUAUGGAUGUGUUUGCAAUGAGUACGUUUCCUACGAACGAGGAGGCCCUGACUAUCUUCCAGUCACGUGAUUGUGUCAACUACUUGAACCAGCUGAAUCAGCAGGCCAAUACACAGAUUCAGUGCGAGACGCAAGUGGGCAAUCAAACUAUCGUCCUGGCUGAGCUACUCACAGACUUGUUGAUGGGAAAGUCGAGCAACAAGACCAAGGACGACAAUGUCGGCUCGGGCAGCAUGUCUGGAAGCGUCUCACUCUCUGCAAGCGAUUCUGCUAGUGGUUCCGCAUCAGGCAACGUCUCAGGACAAAAACUCCGCUCAGGAUCGGAGGACUCGUCGAAAGCGGUUGCUAAUAGUCAGGAGAGCAGUAUCGAUGGGUUUGGAAGCAGUGCAGGUGUCACUAUGACUCCCAUUUUCAAUGUUGCAUGGGCUGCGGCAACUACUGUGCUGGCUUUUGCAUUGUAG